UCUGGUAUUGUUAUGAGGCGCUCAGAUGGUGUUUUCGUCGAGAAAUGAACGGUAAAAUGUCAAAGUUUCACAACAGACGGAGACUUUUAGAAGACCAGGAUUCAUUCAGAAAGACCGGCGUGCCAUGCGGGAACCCUCAGCGGUAUGGCAGUCAGGAGGUGGUGCGGAUGGACCCGGUCACGUGUCUGGGAAAACACAAGCUGAUUGGUGGAGACCUCGAGACCGAGGGAGAAAAACAGUUGCAGGCAAUGGCCAAAAAGCAAUUGAACACAAAUGUUUCUCUUCGACAGCAGUAUGCCCAGCACCGCAGCUUUGCUACGUCGGGCGAGUACAAUCCGACAGCUAAAACACUGUGUGGAGUUUCCCAUCUUAAAGAGUACAAGGAGGUGGUGAAACAGGACGGCGCUGUGGAGGAGCUCAAGAAGUGUGGUCUGACAGCGGAGGAAGUCGAACUCAAACUGGGACAGAGAAAGUGUAGGUUUCACACCAUGAAAAGUCCCCCACAGUCGGAACUUAUUGGCUGUCCUUAUGGAGAAAGGUCAAGUUAUGGCCUUGACCCAGAAGUCUACAGAGGCCGACUUGACGAGAUCGAUCGGCGCAUCUCUGACAAGAGUAGAGCAGUGGACAACACCAGUAGAGCCAACACGGGCGUGAAGGAGAUGGGUCGCCAUGAGCUGGAAAUCGAACACAAACUCACAGGCGAGAACAGUCAAGCACGAUCCUUGUCGGAUUACCUAACGAAACAGAAAGUUAUAAAGGGCGAUCCAAACGAUCCUAUAAACCAACUGCCGGAUCUGUUGUCAGACAUUGAAAGAAGGGAGCACGGAAAGAAAGAGGGUAGGGGUGAACGACAUAGACUGGUUUACUCUGUGCGGGAUGACACAGAGGCUGGCGAGGACUUGGGUACAGAAAGGGAACGGUUUAUUGGACCUCAAAUGCGACCGGAAGCCCUCUCAGACGAUCAAGGACCUGCUCUAGAUGGCGCUGCUUCUCCACAACCUGCGACUGUAGAUGCGGAAGGUCGACGGAUGAUUGUAGACACGGUAGAAGAUGUACCAGAAGAAAUUGUAAAGAAAUAUCGCUUGGACCUCGAGGAAAUCCGGGCACUUCCUAGGUUUGAGAACUACUUUCAAGGGGAACCAUCAAACGUGUUGUAUCUGAAGAAUCUAUCUUCCCUUGUGUCGGAACGGGAUCUUGUGUCUCUGUUCGGCCGUUUCGAGGACGACAAGGUCAAGGUCGUAUACAGACUCAUGUCAGGCCGGAUGAGAGGACAGGCUUUCGUUACUUUCCCUAACACGGAGACCGCUACAGCAGCUCUGGAGCUUGUAAAUGGCUACCACUUCCGGGGCAAGCCCAUAAUUGUCCUGUAUGGAAGGAAGUCAGCCGGGAAGGUUACCUAGCAACAAGGUACGAGACCAGCUCUACCAAACAUUGGGGUUGGGAUGUAUGUUUCAACUCGCUGCUUAGCAAUAAUCAAUAAAUACAGCCUGGUUGUGAUAGGCAAACUUCAGGUAACAUCCAUUGCGAGUUUUCGUUGGAGUAAGUAUUGGAACAUCACUUUGACCUCUAGACCUCACCACCCUUUGCAGGACAACUUCAUCAUGGACAAUGUGUUUCCGGUGUGUGGUGGAAACAGACCACUGCGACGGACAGGACAUGAGAAAGGACAGGUUACGUUACACAUCACUGCCUGAUAUUCUAAACACGCCUGUACAGGAGGCUGCGACUGGUGACCUUUGUAAUCAUAUUUUCCUCAAGGAGGCUCCUGAAGUCUUGGUGUUGCAUUGAGGCAUAGCCAAAAUAUGUAUCUCAAAUUAACGCCAGCAUGAUGUUGUUGAUAAUGAGUAAUGUUGUUUAACCGCAUGUAAUUUCUGAGCGCAUCUACACUUAUGGAAGUCUUCCGAAUGGAAGUGACAUGGAGAUGCAACAAAAUCCACGUAUCCUUCAUUUAUAAAGUUCGCUCACAGUUCACCUGACAGGUCGCCGUACAGUUCACCUUACAGAUCCUCUUUUGGACGUGCCUAAAAAAAUGGGCCCCAUGCCUCAAAGCGAUCGUAGCGCUAAGAUGAUCGUAACUCCCAUACUUUAACAUAAACUUACGACUGUCGUAGCGUUACGAUCGUUUUGAGGAACGUGGCCCAAGUGUUUUUCUGAGAUAGGUCACAACUCGUUCCUAAUCGUAACCUGCAAGAAGACACCUGGAGUGUCCUGGCUUUUGACACGAGUGGUCACCAAUGGCUACGGAAGCCACCAUUACACUGAAUAAAGACUUCAGGUAUCCACCA